UGUAAAUAAAAUGAUUUCAAAAACUAGGAAAUUUUAUUCCGUAACCCGCAAUUUGUAAUCAAAUUCGGGAUGGAGGGAGUAAUUGUUUCCGUCAAACCAAUCCUCGAUAUAAGAAAAAGUGCAACUGGUAAUCAUUUCUCGGCUUUCCAGAUUUACGGAGAUACUCCGGGAGAAUGCCGGCAAGUCCGAUGAUAUCUCUCUCGCCGGAGAGUUUUAGCAGCUUCUCGAACCGGAAUCUCGCCGAUAUUGCGGCGAGAGUCGUCGAAGAGUUCAGAGCCGAGAACGGAUACGAUUCGGAUUUUUUCGAAGAAGAAGAAGAAGACGGCGUGUUUGGCGUUCUCGAAGGCGAUGUAAAGCUCGUCUCCGGAGAUUCCGUGAAGGCGGAGGGAAAAGACGACGGCGGAGACGGAGAGGAGGUUGAAUUCGAGUUUGUUCCCGGAGGUGGUGAGUUUUCUCCGAUUUCUGCGGAUGAGAUUUUCUACAACGGCGAGAUCAGGCCGAUUUUCCCGAUUUUCAACCGGAAUCUGUCGACUGAUUGCGUGAAUUUCAAUUCCGAACAGACGACGAGGUCAAAUUCCGGUGAUGAGCGGGCGGUCACAAAUCCGCCGCCGAAGAUUCGGCUCCCGUUGAGGAGACUGUUCAACGAGGAGCUAGAGCCCCCGCCACCGCGCUCCUCUCCGGAGGAAGACGAGAUCUACGGCAUUCCGCCGGGGACGUACUGCGUGUGGCGGCCGAAUGCUUCGCCGGGGAAACCGUCCGCGAGGAUGUGCGAGAAGAGCAACUCCACCGGCUGGUCGAAGCGGUGGAAGUUCCGAGACCUCGUCCACCGGAGCAACAGCGACGGUAAGGACAGGUUCGUCUUUCUGUCGCCGUCCGUCAAAAACGGAUCGCAGGAUUCGGAAAAUCCAGCCGCAGGCGAGGCUUCGAACGCCGCCGAGAAACCGCGAUCUCCGCCGCUCUCCGGUGAUAAACGGCGGUCGUAUCUGACGUACAAGCAAGACUUGGUUGGGUUCUUCGCCCACACGAAUGGGCUGAGCCGGAGUUUACAGCCUUUCUAAAAAAGCCCAAUUCAAUCCCAAUGGGAUAAUUAGCUUCUAAACGAGAUUUAGGAGAUUUAGGAGUAUAUUUUUGUUAAUAAUUUCAUAAAUAAAAUAAAAUAUUCAAGUUAAAUUUUAAUUUAUGGAUUAUAUUUCUAUACUUAUUUUUUAAAAAAAGUAGAUACUAUUGGGGAGGAAUUCCAAGUUCGAAACCUAGUGGUUGCGAUGAUGCAGCAUGAAGCUUCUGCAAGUACCAACUAACUGUCCGACUAUAUGAGAGGCCAUCAGGGAUGAGGUGUCAUCCUCUUUUUUAUAUAUGCUCCCUUUGCCUCUAAACUAAAAGCAUAGUUUGGAU